AAGCGGGAGCACUCGCCCGUUCAGCUGCCCCAGCCUGCCCGGGAAGGGUUAAGCCGCACUUGGCUGGGCCCAGGCGGAAGGGAGGGACGUGGGGAGCAGCAGACGGUAAAUUUAGUAACCCCGGAGCGUCCCGGGCUGCGAUGGUGGCGUGAGUGCCGUGUGACGGAAAUCGUUCCUCCCCGAGCUGCCUCCUGCCCGCGCCGAGAACGGCAGCCGGUGACUGCUCCCGUGGGCAGCAGCCCUGGCGGCCUGCCGCGUGUGCCAGGCAGGCAGGGCGCAGGCAGGGACGUGGCGCGCUCAGCUGGGCCUGUGCACCCCGAGGUGCUGCUGCUGCCGCCGGGCUGUGCGGGAGCCAAGCAGCCUGUGCGCGAGAACGCCCGGCAUCUCCAAGCGGGCACCAUGGAGGCAUCCGGCAGGACCCCCGCCAGCCCGACCCGCAGAGUCCAGACCAUCAUCCAGAACAGCCCCCUGGACCUGAUCGACACGGGCAAGGGGCUGAAGGUGCAGACGGAGAAGCCGCACUUGGUGAGCCUGGGCAGCGGCCGGCUCAGCACCGCCAUCACGCUCCUGCCCCUGGAGGAAGGGAGGACCACCAUCGGCACGGCCGCGAGGGACAUCGUCCUGCAGGGCCCCGGGCUGGCGCCCCAGCACUGCUACAUCGAGAACGUGCGGGGGACGCUCACCCUGCACCCCUGCGGCAACGCCUGCGCCAUCGACGGCGUGCCGCUGCGGCGGCCCACGCGCCUCACCCAAGGCUGCACCAUCUGCCUGGGCCAGGCCACCUUCCUCCGCUUCAACCACCCUGCCGAGGCCAAGUGGAUGAAGAGCAUGAUCCCAGCGGGGGGCAGGAGCCCAGCGGCUCUCUACGGGCUGCCAGCAAAGCCUGAGGCCCUGGUGAACGGUGGCCGCCAGCCGUCAGAGCGUGGGUGUCCCAGCCACAGCUCCCUCGUCAGCUCCAUUGAGAAGGACCUACAGGACAUCAUGGACUCACUGGUGCUGGAGGAGCCGGCGUCCCCCGGUGGCAAGAAGCCGCCCGCCCACGGCCGGUCCCCCCUCUCCCCCAUGGUGAAUGGGGGUGGCCGCUGCCUCCUGUCCCCCCCACCCAGCCCCGGGGCCACCUCGGGAGGCUCCAGCUACGAGAACUUCUCCCCCCUCUCCUCCCCGGCCAGCAGCGGCGGCUACACCAGCCCCUCGCCCAGCAGCCAGGAGCAGGGUCCGGCCAUGCCCCCCCUCGUCCCUCUCCGCUCCUCCAGCUACAACCACGCUGUGCAGCCACCCGCCCAGCGCCCGCCCCCCACACCCGGCGGGGGUCCCGGCGAGCCUUGGCCGGCCGAGAGGCUCGGGGACAGCCAGACGGGCAGCCCCCGGCUGACCCCCAGGGCGGCGCCGCGGCCGCGGGCGGCCCUGCAGGAGCGGCCCCCCAGCCCCUUCCGGGAGCCGCGGGACCCCCUGGCCCCCAGCCGGCAGCCUGCUGGCCGGGCGGUCCCAGAGGCCCGGCUGCAGCCCCCCGAGAGCCCGCGGGCGGCCCGGAGGAACGUGGAGAGCAUGCGGGAGCUGCCCCCACUGAGCCCCUCCUUGUCGCGCCGGGCUGUCAGCCCCCGGGCAGCCCCCGACGCCCCCUCCCCACAGCCCCGGCUGGGCAGGGAGGUGCUCGGCAGCCCCCGUGCCAGGCGCAAGGGUCUGGAGGAGCCGAGGGGCACUGGGAGCCCCUCGCCCCCGCUGCCAGCGGAGACCCCCCCGCGCCGCCCCAGCUUCGGCGCCAGCCUGAGCCCGGCGUACGGGCUGGGCUCCCCGGCCGUGCCCUCGCCCCGGCAGAGCCCCCGCGCCCCCAGGAAGCCCUUGGGGGACCCACGGCCACCGGCGGGGCCGCGGGAACGCAAGAACAGCAUCACUGAGAUCAGCGACAACGAGGACGAGCUGCUGGAGUACCACCGGCGUCAGCGGCAGGAGCGGGUGCGGGAGCAGGAGAUGGAGCGCCUGGAGCGGCAGCGCCUGGAGACCAUCCUGAACCUCUGUGCCGAGUACACCAAGACGGACGGCACCGAGCCGGGCGACGUGCACCGACUCCUGGCUGGUGACGCGGAUGCUGGCCGGCGGGUGCCCAGGGGUGCCGUGGCUCUGGGCCGUGCUGCCGAGGAACUGCGGCAGAGGGAGAGCCUGGAGAGGUCAGACGAGGAGAACCUGAAGGAGGAGUGCAGCAGCACUGAGAGCACCCACCACGAGCACGAGGAGCUGGCGGGCCCGCGGGCCAAGGAGGCACAGCGGCUGGAGGAGGAGCGUGCCAGCGUGCUCGGCCGCCUGGACCAGCUGAAGGGCCGCAUCAAGGAGCUGGAGCAGCAGCUGCAGGAGACAUCGCGAGAGGCGGAGAUGGAACGGGCGCUGCUGCAGGGCGAGCGGGAGUCGGAGGCGGCACGGCUGCGGCAGGAGCAGGAGGCGGUGCAGCAGCUGCAGGAGAAGCUCUCCAGCCUGGACGCCAGCAUCCGGAAGGAGCGGGACAAGGAAAGGGCAAAGGUUGAUGCUGAAAGGAAGGAGCUAGAGCAACUCCGGGCGCUUUACCAUGAGUCGAAGAGCCACCUUGAUAAGUGCCCUGAGUCAAUGCGGGAGCAGUUGCGGGAGCAGAUGCGAAGGGAGGCGGAGGCGCUGGAGACGGAGGCCAAGCUGUUUGAAGACCUGGAGUUCCAGCAGCUGGAACGGGAGAGCCGCCUCGAGGAGGAGCGUGAAGCACGGGGCCAGCAGCUCCUGCAGAGCCGGGCCGAGUGCCACCGCAGCAUUGCCCGCAGGAAGGAGCGGGUGGCCGCGCUGGAUGCCCAGGCUGCCCAGAUCCGGCUGCAGAGCGCCCAGGAGGCCGAGCGCCUGGCCAGGGAGAGGAACAGCGUCCUGCAGCUCCUGCAGAAGGAGAAGGAGAAGCUUGUGUCUCUGGAGAGGCGAUACCAGCUCGUCACAGGUGGCAGGAGCUUCCCCAAAAUGUCCUCAGCUCUCAGAGAGGAGACCCUCCAUAUCUCAGAGCCUUACGAGCUGUUGGAGGGAACUAAGCCCCUGAGCCCCCCGCCGGCAGCAGCUGCCUCCUUAGCUUCUCCUGCCGCCCGCUCCUACCCCAAGGCACAAGAGGAGUACAUGAGGCUGUCUGACGUUUUCAGGUUCUGCAGCAAUGCGCACGGCCCCAGCCUGGACACUAAAGCUUCUGCUGCUGCCCCUGCUGCCACUCAGCGCUCUUUCUUGCUUGCUGUACCUCCCGCAGCCGACGAGUACGUGACCGUUGAGCAGCUCUCAGGCAUCCUGGGCAGCCUCCGUGCCCCUGCCGCUUCCCCGCUGGGCUGCGCCCCUCCGUCUCCUUCAUCCUCAGGCUGCGCUGCUCCUCCUCCUCCUCCUCUUCCGUCUCUCUCUUCUCCCUCCAUCUCUGCAGAGAUGGAGCAGCAGCUGCUGGGGGGCCCCGUGUGGCUCCCGGCUCUUGAUUUAGAGAAGUGGUACCAGGAGGUCAUGGCUGGCUUUGAGACCUCCUCCUCCUCUGUCUCUCCUCCUUCUUCCCCUCCUCCGCUUCCAGCUAAAGCUCACUCCUGUCACAAGCCUCUCCAGGUCUAUCGUGCCAAAACAGAGGGUGACGCUAGUGCCCUCGCCCCUCGGAUGAAGAGCGGGACCCCCUCGUCCUCACAGCUCAACCUCUCCGUGCUGGGGCGCAGCCCCUCGCCUAAGCUGACUGCCUGUCGUCCUGCCCAGGGCCCCCCAAGCCCGGCAGGCAGCCUGCCCCGCAACCUGGCGGCCACACUGCAGGACAUCGAGACCAAGCGCCAGCUGGCCCUGCAGCAGAAGGCCGAGCUGCUCCCAGCAGAGCCCUUGCAGCCGGGCGAUCUACCAGGUCAGCAGGUGAUCGAGGAGCAGAAGCGGCGGCUCGCGGAGCUGAAGCAGAAAGCGGCUGCCGAGGCUCAGUCCCAGUGGGAAGCCUUGCACGGGCAGCCCCACUUCCCUGCUGCCUUCCCCCCGCUCGUGCAUCACUCCAUCCUCCACCACCACCGUCCCCACGGCGUUGGGCCCCGGGCCGAGGAUCUGGACCAUGCGUACGACACCCUCAGCCUGGAGAGCUCAGACAGCAUGGAGACCAGCAUCUCCACCGGCAACAACUCUGCCUGCUCGCCUGACAACAUCUCCAGUGCCAGCGGGAUGGAGGCGGGAAAGAUCGAGGAGAUGGAGAAGAUGCUGAAGGAGGCGCAUGCGGAGAAGUCGCGGCUGAUGGAAUCCCGGGAGCGGGAGAUGGAGCUGCGGCGGCAGGCGCUGGAGGACGAGCGCCGGCGCCGGGAGCAGCUGGAACGCCGGCUGCAGGACGAGACCGCGCGGCGGCAGAAGCUGGUAGAGAAGGAGGUCAAGCUGCGGGAGAAGCACUUCUCGCAGGCUCGUCCCCUGACGCGGUACCUCCCCAUCCGCAAGGAGGAUUUUGACCUGCGGCUGCACAUCGAGUCCUCGGGCCACAGCGUGGACACCUGCUACCACGUCAUCCUGAUGGAGAAGAUGUGCAAGGGCUACCUGGUCAAGAUGGGCGGCAAGAUCAAGUCUUGGAAGAAGCGCUGGUUCGUCUUCGACCGCAUGAAGCGCACCCUCUCCUACUACGUGGAUAAACACGAGACAAAGCUGAAGGGCGUCAUCUACUUCCAAGCCAUCGAGGAGGUUUACUACGACCACCUCCGCAGUGCUGCAAAGAGCCCCAACCCUGCGCUCACCUUCUGCGUCAAGACCCAUGACCGCCUCUACUACAUGGUGGCACCCUCAGCCGAGGCCAUGCGCAUCUGGAUGGACGUCAUCGUCACCGGGGCAGAGGGGUACACCCAGUUCAUGAACUGAGGGUGGUGGGGGGGGUGCUGUGCACCCCAGAUCCACCAGCUUGACAGACUCCUGAGCAUCCCAAGCAGAGAGGAUCUCCUGAGGGGGCCGCGGUCCCUGCUGCGCCCCGUGCCAAGGGCCAUGCGUGCCGUGGCGGUGGAGCCACACUGUGCCCCGCACCAGACGGCACUGAGCAUCGCCUGCUCAGCCAAGGGAAUAAUUUUCUUUUUUUUUUUUUUUUUUUUUUUUAUGUUGACUUUUUAAAAACAAAAUUUAUUGGAAAUGUAUCGAAGUGCUGAAACGUAAAAAAGCUGCCAAAGACCUGCCGGUGCCCGGAGCUUUCUGCUGUCGGGGAGGUGCUGGAUGUGAGACUGACGCUGUCACUUGCUGCCACAAGCGACAGAUGCCAACUGGCCCCAGGUGGCCAGGACCACCUCCCCCCCGACUUUGGUAGCCCUAGACCUCCUCUUUGUAAAUCUUUUGUAACCCUGUAUCGUGCCUCCCUGUGCCGCGGCCGGGCGGUGAGGGCAGGGAGUGGGGGGGCUGCCCUGCCAUAAAGCAUUUCGUGAAGUCGUG